AUGCCCGCCACGACAGCAGAGACGCUGUCACUCGUGACCCGCAACGUCUCGGUCGCGCCUCUGGUGCUCCUCUCGGCAGCAGACCACUACGGCCGCCAGGCCAAGGGAACACGGAAGCGAGUCGUCGGCGUGCUGCUGGGCCAGAAUGACGGCCACAACGUGCGCGUGUCCAACAGCUUCGCCGUGCCGUUCGAGGAGGACGAGAAGGACCCUUCGGUAUGGUUUCUGGACCACAACUACGUCGAGUCGAUGAACGACAUGUUCAAGAAGGUCAACGCCCGCGAGAAGCUCAUCGGCUGGUACCACACAGGGCCCAAGCUGCGCGCCUCGGACCUGGAGAUCAACGAGCUGUUCAAGCGCUACACGCCGCACCCGCUGUUAGUCAUCAUCGACGUGCAGCCAAAAGAGGUGGGCGUGCCGACCGACGCCUACUUUGCUGUCGAGGAGAUCAAGGAUGACGGCACAACAACCUCCAAGACAUUUGUCCACACACCCUCCGUGAUCGAAGCGGAAGAAGCAGAAGAAAUCGGCGUCGAGCACCUGCUACGCGACAUCCGCGACGUCGCCGUCGGCACUCUCUCCACCCGCAUAACCUCACAACUGCAAUCGUUACAAGGCCUGCACCUACGGCUGCGUGACAUUGGCCAGUACCUGCAGAAGGUUAUCGACGAAGACCUACCCGUCAACCACGCCAUCCUCGGCAACCUUCAAGACGUCUUCAACCUGCUCCCCAACCUGUCAACACCCAAGGCUACACCUCUGGGCGGCGCGGCGGCAGGCCAGACAGAGAACGGAGAACUUGCACGGGCUAUGAGCGUCAAGACAAACGACCAGCUGAUGGCCAUCUACCUGUCAAGCUUGAUCCGCGCUAUCACUGCCUUCCACGACCUGAUUGAGAACAAGAUACAAAACAAGCAGCAGGCCGAGGACAAGGAGGCGAAGAAGGACGACGCCAAGGACGGUGAUAAGGAGAAGAAAGCUGACGGCACAAAUGGCGAGGUCAAGGAGGGUGAGAGCGGUAAAGAAAAGGGCAAGGAGGAGAAGAAGAAGAGCUGA